UUUGAUGGUUGUAGUUGAAAACAUACAUUGCUUAUGCAAUACUAGUUUAGCCGUGAAACAGUUUUUGAAGAUAAAGGCGGAGCAGAAGAAUACCGAUGCUUUCAAUCAACAAGUAGGCAUUUCCAACAAUCCCACGCAGUCGAAAAAAUUCACGCAGAAAAAAAAAACCUCACAAAGAGCAGCUAGCAGAAGCUCGGCACAAUAUGGCCCAAUGUUUUUCCGAUCGAAAAAACGUGAAGAUACCAAAUUUCAGUACUUACAAGAAGUCCUUCUUAUAUACACCAUGUAAUUGUCCACUGGUGGAUUGCAGUUUUACUGCUACCGAGCAGCCUUCGCCCUUACGCAGGUAUAAAACCACACGCCGAAUUCGAAGCCUCUCGAAACCGAAGUGCUCCCGUGUGAAGUUUUAUCAACGCCCAGUAUCACAAUAUGGUAGAACAAUUCAAACCAUACAAACCUAUCGGGAACCGUAUGCCUCGACGAGAAUUCAGCAGCUGGCGAAUCCGAAAGUGCGCAAAUUGAUCGCCGCCAGGGAAGACUACAAACGCUUCUUAAACCGCUGCUGGUACGAUCGAUUCAGUAAACGCAUUAAGCGAAGUAUGUACACCGUCUACAGUCGGUUGGCAAAUGUUCAGUUGUCGCCGCCAAGACCGAAGACACCCUCGUUUACACCGGAGCAGUGGAAAAAUCAUCAGCAGUGGCUUGCCGUUAACGCCCAGCCGAAAACAGCGAAGCCAGUGCCGAUGAAACCCCGCAGAAGGGUACCAUACGCUCAGCUGAUCGCUCGUAUUCUCAGUUUAUCUACGCCACGCUGGGAGAACAAGAAGUACACUGGACCUGCUAAAUUACAACCUGUUAAACCGGCUGCACUAAAAGCUACGGCUAGUCAAAGGCUGCAAAACCUUUGUAUUCCAUAUGAGAGAAACUGUCGUGAGAAGGGACCAAUCAAGGAAGAAAAAGGUCUUCCGGAAAAUGUACUCAAGGCUGUUGCAUCUGAACGAGUUGUGGAGCUAUCGAAGCCAAAGGUUUACCGGAACGUGAGAAAUGAAUAUCGUGAAAAUCCAUUCAGUGUAGUACCCAAUGCACUCAAAGCGAAAGCCAGUGAUCGCAUACUGGAAUUGGCCAUACCGAAAAAAGUGAAGAAGCAUUAGGACAUGUUUCAUUUAUUUAGAUAUAAAUUCACGAUUGUUGAUCAAAUAUUUCCUUGAACUCCAGUGUUGUUAUUUCGUUUAUUUAUGGCUCCGAUUAUGUUUCUUCCAUAUUUUCG